UCUCAAUAUCCGCUCGUCCUGUGAGUAGUCGUAUGAUUCCGUCCCUUGAACAGAUAAGUUCAGACAUCAUCACUGAGUGCUUCUGAUAUCUAAAUCCCUCUCAAGAGCUUCACUUCACACAUUCCACCAAACUCCUCACCUCAACACCACAAUGCCAAUGCGCCACACGACUCUGGAGCACAGUAUCGACAUGGCCCUCCUAAAGGCAAUUCAUUUCACACACCCAGAUCUCGAACUGGAUCUCGAGGGAGUACGUGAAUCGCUGAGAGCGUUGGGGUGCGAUGAUGAUCGUCAUCGUUCUAUGCGCGAGAGAUGGGCGGAAUUGGGUGAGGAGGUAGCUCAUGAGAAGGAUAUAGCGAGUAUACUUGCUAGGGGACACGCCGUGCAGACAGCUGCUACACAGCAUUCCGCCUCUGACCAAUCCUGCGACGAGGGCGAGAGAGAGAGCGAACCGAUGCCCCCUCCGAAGCUCGCAAAGCCCAAGGAAAUGUCGACAUCAGCAUCCAAGAACGGUCCAGAGAUCAAGGUCGAGCCAGUCCCAAAACUCCGCUCCUCCACCUCCAUCGCGGCCUCCCAAUCCACCGCCAACACAAUCCCAACCACCCUCACUCCUCACCCCACGCCCAAAGAGCCGGAGCCGAAGCCGAAGUGGAAAGUGCGUCCGCCACCGUUGAACUUGUUACGAUCGACGAAAGAGAUGUCACUCGAUCUGGGCGUAACACCCGCACCGCCGGCGACUCCGCCCAAGUCCAAGCAAACCACGAAGCCACCGAUGCCGAGCUCGAAGCUCCCACCACCGUUGAGGAAGUCUGCGCCCAGAGACAAAACUGCGAAAGGGGAAUCCUCAACGCCGCGUCUCAAACUCCCACUCCCGUUGGCGACAACACCAAAGAAACCCAGGACCUCAGCCCCCUCCGAUCCGAUCUCCCGCACAGUCUCCCCAACCUCGAAACCCCGCUCCCUCCCCCUCUCCCCGCCCAAACCUCCCACUCCGGAGUCCACACCGAGGGGAAGGUCAUUAAGGAAGCGAACCGCCGCAACCCUUAAACCCGAACCGGACGUUGAACCGAGGAAGACAUCAAGACCGAGCCGUUCCACCAAAGCGUCGAACCCGUUGUAUGACACCAGCUGGCAUCCGGUUGAUGGGAAACGUAAGUUGAAGAAGAGGAAGGUUGAGACGGAUAGUGCGUAGGGUGUUUCCAGUAUGCAGGCGAGUGCUAAGAAAU